AUGUGGCGGUCGAGGGAGAGAGCUUGCAGGACGGUGAGGGCGAGCAGGAUGCCGAUGGAGGUGCUGAGGAGGAUGGAGGUUGACCAGAGGGGGAGGAUCCUGAGCACCGCCUUGAGGUCCUCCACCUGGUCCACAGUGCACAGACUCCAUGGCUUCGCCACGCUGCCGUCGGGGUUGACCUCCCCUUCCCUCUUUGUUGCAGCCCGGUUCAAGAAUCUGUCAUCCCCAAGACAUCUCCUCCUUUGA